AUCUACCUUUUGGAGAGCCGUCAAUCGAAUCAGUCAACAUUUUGGAUGCCCACAAAGUACAGAAACCAAUCUUUCUCAAUAUCCCAAAAUUAGAUUUGCCAAAUUCCAACACCAAAAUGUUCGAGAUGCAGCAUAUUACCUUCCGGAUUCGCACAUUAUUGCAUAGGGCCUUUUACCUGUCCGGCGAUUAUGACAUGUACUCGAUCUGGAACUUUUGCCCGAUGACUAACUGGAACCAAGCUAAAGCCCUGCUCCAAUCCUGUAGCCUGUGCCGCGUCGAGUCUUUCCCCAUUGUGUUUUGGCUGGUGGUGCUCUUUAGUUUGUUUGGAGCCGGUUUCAAUUGCUAUGAGCUGAUGCAGGUGUGGUCCUGUCCCUGCGCGAAGUUGGCCGUGUGGCGCCAGCGGCACUUCUAUGUCCUGGACCACUGGGCACUGCGAAAGGCUCGACUUGUGAGCUCGGGCAUUAUAAUGAUUGCGUGGCUAAUGCUCAUUUACGGAAUCAUAGCGAUCUCGCCGCACGCAAUGUCGCCGUGGAUCCUGGUGACCAGCUUCGUCCUGUCGGUGGAGUGGUUCAUUUGGUUGUUGGAGGUGAUCACCGGCCGAUUGCCGAUCAACCUGCAAACGCUGCUGUCGCAGGUCUUGCAUGUGUUCUUCCUGGGGAUGGUGUGCUGCGUGAAAAGCGUGUUUGAGGUGGCGCUCGGCGAGCACGUCGAGCACUCGCUGCGGAUCAUUUGAGGAAGGGACGCCGCCGCCGAAUGUCAUCAUUAAGUAAAGGUGCAGGGCCGGCAUAAUUGCAUCUCAACCUGCAUUAAGCCCAAUUAGGUUGCCGGCGGCACGCACACCAUCUCGCCCUAAUCAGUGUUCGUGUUGCUCCGUUGCUUACUUUUCUGUUGCCCCAACAAAUACUCUUUCGUCCCGCCAAACAGAAGUCCUUUAUAUGUUUUAUAGCUUUUUGUAUUCGAAAGACCCGAGACCAAGCGUUGUUCACCUUUCUAAAUUUAUAAAGUGUAGCAUUAAUCGAAAUUAUGAGUUCAUAG